UCGGCUCCUGACAGGUGAUUCACAGAAACAUGGAGCUGGCGCUGCAGGUGCUCAUCAUGGCCGUGCUGGCAGGUCCAGUGUCCUCCCUGAGCUGUUAUACUUGUUCUGGAUUUACUUCAUGGAGCUCCUGUCCUGCCACCCAAGCAAACACCUGCUCUCCUACUUCAACAGCCUGUGGGGCUGCGGUUGUGUUACUGCAAGCAAAUUCCUUGAGUGCAACUAACUACAUCCGUUCUUGUCUGCCGCCAUCACUCUGCAACACUCAAAUGUCCCUGUCCACGGGCCAGCUGAAUGCCACUUUCAACUCAUUAUGCUGCACCACCAACUCCUGCAACACCAACACACUUGCAGAAUUUACACCGAUGACGUUGGGAACCUUGCAGUGCUAUGGAGGGGUAAACCAGCAGAGCGCCGUGACGUGCAGCAAUGCUGAAGACCACUGCUUCACCGUCACAGCCCCGAAUCUGGUCACAGUCAGUGGAUGUGCUUCACUUAGCGCCUGUAACAAUAUGGCCUCCAUUGGAGCUUACUUUGGGGUGCCUUCGAGUGCCAGUGCCAGCUGCUGCACAGGACCGCUCUGCAACCAGGCCUCCCCAGCAUCAAAUUCUUUGGUCUGCUACACCUGCUCCAGCUCCAGCCCCGGCUCGUGUGCCCAGCUCUCAGUCUGUAGUCCUCCAUUCACCACCUGUGGGAGUUUUGCUGUCCAGCUUGUUCAAAAUGGGACAUCAACGACUCAGUAUUUACAGACCUGCGCCACCCCACAAACCUGCAAUGUUCCCUUAUCCAUCAGCAUCGGACUGUUUAGUGCCACCGCCUUCUCCCAGUGCUGCACGUCAAGUCUCUGCAACCUUGUCAACUCAGUCCAAGCAUUUACACCGCCUUCAGGUACCCUGCAGUGCUAUGGGGGAGUAAACCAGCAGAGCAAUGUGACAUGCAGGAACAUUGAGGACCACUGCUUCACCAUCACAAUGUCAAAUGUGCCUACAAUCAGUGGAUGUGCUUCACAAAGCGUCUGUGCCAAUAUGGCCACCACUGGAGCUUACUUUGGAUUGCCCUCAAAUGUGACCGCCAGCUGCUGCACAGGAUCGUUUUGCAACCGUGCCAACCCUGUGUCAAAUUCUACAGUGUGCUACACCUGCUCCAGUUCCAGCCCCGGCUCGUGUGCUCGGUUCUCCGUCUGUAGUCCUUCAUUCACCACCUGUGGGAGUUUUGCGGUGCAACUUGUGGAAAAUGGCGUGUCCAGCACACAGUAUUUUCAGAGCUGCGCCUAUCCAGGAAUCUGCAAUUCCCCCUUGUCCUUCAACUAUGGGAUCGUCAGCGCCAGCGUCAAUGCCCAGUGCUGUACAACAAGCCUCUGCAACCUGGUGAAUUCAGUAACAGUGUCUCCAGAAGCUCCGAAUUCUAAGACCUGCUAUGUUGGAGUAAACGGCGCCAUCCAGGGGAUUGUCCAAUGUAAAGGCAGUGAGACCCUUUGCUUCACAAUUGGACUGGCAAGCGCAGGAACGGUCAGAGGAUGCACUUCACAGGGUGUCUGUGACAAUUACGCCACAGUCAUUGGCUUCUUUGGUGACACCCCGACAACAAACCCCAUCUGCUGCAGUGGAAAUUUAUGCAAUAGCAGCUGGAGGCCAAGAUGGAGUCCCAUUUUGUUUCUGCUUCUGCUGACGGCGAUGACCUUCUUCUACUGAAUUGGCACAGAUCAAAGUUGAUCAAGGAAGGCUGGCGUCUUUCACCUGGCACCCCACUGAUUCUGCUCUCUGCACUGUUUCAUUUGACUUGUCGUGUAAUUAAUUACUUUUAAAAUUUGUGACUUUUUGUGUUUGUGCAGUCUGUAAAAGGCACCACAUUAAAUAAAAAUGAACCAUAAA